GGGACGGUUGGAUGUCCCAAGAUGGCGGCGGCUGCCCAGAUUCACAGGAGGACCGGCUGCAGAGAGGGGAGCGAGAGGCUGAGGAGGGAGAUCGAGGAGUCUCUCCGCCGUGUGGCUGACCAUCCUGCCAAGCGCACUGAGCUGCGAGUGACCUGCGACCGGGUUAUCCGAGCCUGUAUCCAGCGCCUCGGGGAGCAGGAGCCGGAGGAUGAGGAGCAGGAGGAGGAGGGGAAGCUGUGCGAGGGGCACCUGCGCAGCCUGGUGGGGCUGGCGGAGCUGGCCUGCGAGGGUUACCAGGCCUCGGCCCCCUCCCGGGGCCAGGGGCAGGGUCCGCUGUACCUGGAGAGGCUGCUCUUCCACCUGCUGAAAGGGGCGGCGUGCCGGGGGGCGCUGGAGUCCUGUCUGGCCUUGUCCGAGCGGCUGCAGCGCGGCCUGGAGCUCUGGCUGGCGGGGGCCGCGGCCGGCGAGGCCCCCCUGCUGCGGGACUGCGAGGUGGUGGCCAAGAACGGCUUCGGCGUGCUGUGGAAGGGCGGGGGGGGUGCCGGGGACCGGCGCCUCGCCCUCUCCCUGCGGCUGAGGGCCCUGCGGCUGCUGGCGCUGGCGGCGGGCGCCGAGUCCCCCCGGCCCCUCUCCUCCGUCUCCGCGCGGUUCGCCUGGGCCUGCGCCCUCUACCUGAGGGGGGCCCCGCCGCCCAGCGGCCAGGAGGCCGAGCACCUGCGCCGGGAGUUCGAGGGGCUGCUGCCGGCGGUGCUGCCGGGAGGGGGAGGGGGAGCCGGCCAGCUGUGCGCCUGCGAGCUGGCCCUGCAGUGCUGCGGGACCCUGUGCCGGGCGGGUCACCCCUCCCUGGCCCUCGAGGCCCUGACCCGCGCCCAGGCCCUGCUGGGCCCGGCCGUCCCCCCCCACUUCUCCUGGGCCCUGCAGCUGGGCCGUCUGGGCUGCAGCCUGGGCGCCGGACCCGGACCCUCCCUGGCCCCGGCGGCCAGGGCCCUGCGCUCGCUGCCCCCCGGGGACCCCUGGCAGAGCCGGGCCCUGGGCCGGGGCUGCCAGUUCCUGCUCUCGGCCCUGGACGCCCCCCAGGGCACUGGCCCGCGCCUGGGCGCCGGGGAGCUGCCCCACCUCGCCGAGAUCCUGCACGUCCAGGUGGCAGCUGCCCCACAGCUCGGGGAGGAGGACAUGGUCAAUGCUCCAGGGCAGCUGGCUACCCUGAAACAGAACUUCCACAACCUGGAAUUCUUCACCAGGACAGUCUACCAUUUACUACUGGAACCUCAGGGCGAGAAUGCAGUGGGGGCUGAGCAGUUGCUGACUCCCUGUAGGAAGAUCGUGGAGAAGAUGGUGGAGGUGGAAGAGGCUAUUCUCAGUCACGGACUGACCGACUACGUUGGUGCGACAGCCCUUCGUCUCUAUAACCUGGCCUAUGGAUUUUACAGCCAGAAAUUGUUCUCAGAGGCUGCUGAAAUUGCUGUAAUGUUACGUGGAGAUGUACAGCCGCCCAACCUGUUUUCUCGUUCCUCGCUCCCUCUGGAUAAGGUGCCCAGGUAUUUCAAGCUGCUUGCGGAGUGCUACAGGAAGACAGGGAGGCUGGAUCUGGCCAUGGAGUCGGUGGGAAUGUGGCUGAUGGCGCUGGGCGACCAGAGGAGGGGGCAGAUGACCGAGCCCAUUGCCCUGUGGGUCUCUAUUAAAGCGGACGCGGUCAAGAGUGGCCACGAGGACCUGCAGCUCAGGACGCUGAAGGACACCCUCCAGCCGUGGGAGCUGGAACCGGUCGCCUUGGCCGAGCUGCUUGUCGAGGAGCUGAGGGCGUACAAGCGACUGCGGACCGACACCUCGCAGGAGAGGUUCAACGUCAUCUGUGACCUGAUCCAGAUGUCGUCGUCCUCCUCCUCGGAGGAGGGGUCAGGGGGCAAGGGGAUGGAGCACCUGCGGGCCAUGCAACUCCUGGAGCUGGCCCAGCUCCUCUCUUACCGGGACUUCAGUCAGCAUGCUGAGUGCUCAGCGAUGGACUGUGUGGAGGAGGCGCUGACAGUGUUGGGGUCUCUGCCGCAGACCCCUGAAAACCGACACCAGCUGCUCGAUGACCAGGCUCACGCCUUCCUCUGGCAGUAUAUCUGCGACCUGGAGUCCAGAAUCCGCAUGAGUGUGGAAAGGAGUCGCCGGGCCGGGACGGUGCCGGACGCCCUAUCGGAGCUGGAGGACAGCGAGACGAACGAUCUGAACUACGAGGACAGACAACAGGGAGCCCUGUCCGUCCACGACUGCAUCGACUUUAACCUCGCCGCAGAGAACCAUUGUCGUAUCCAACAGCAGCUGCUGGAAGCGAAGUAA